CCGCUGCGGGGCUUCUUGGUAGCCCAGAGUGGCCGUCGCGCGCACCCGCGAGCAGCGCCAGGGGACUCGGAUGUCCGCCUGCGCGCACUUUGGCGGUCGUAGCUUGGCGCCUGGGCCCUUGCUUUCGGACGCGCAGUGUUCGGUGGCAGAGGUUGGCUCGCUGCCUUGACUGGCUGGACCCGGUCGUGAACUACAGGGCUUUCGGGAGGAGGUGCCACAGCCGCCAUGCCAAUCACUCGAAUGCGGAUGAGACCCUGGCUAGAGAUGCAGAUUAAUUCCAACCAAAUUCCAGGGCUGAUCUGGAUCAAUAAAGAAGAGAUGAUCUUCCAGAUCCCAUGGAAGCACGCUGCUAAGCACGGCUGGGACAUCAACAAGGAUGCCUGUCUGUUCCGGAGCUGGGCCAUUCACACAGGCCGAUACAAAGCAGGGGAAAAAGAGCCAGAUCCCAAGACAUGGAAGGCAAACUUCCGUUGUGCCAUGAACUCCCUGCCAGACAUCGAGGAAGUGAAGGACCAGAGCAAGAACAAGGGCAGCUCUGCUGUGCGGGUGUACCGGAUGCUGCCACCCCUCACCAGGAACCAGAGGAAAGAGAGAAAGUCCAGGUCCAGCCGAGAUACGAAGAGCAAAACCAAGAGGAAGCUGUGUGGAGCGGCUAGUCCGGACACCUUCUCUGAUGGACUCAGCAGCUCUACCCUGCCCGAUGACCACAGCAGUUACACCACUCAGAGCUACCUGGGUCAGGACUUGGAUAUGGAAAGGGACAUUACUCCAGCACUGUCACCGUGUGUCGUCAGCAGUAGUCUCUCCGAGUGGCAUAUGCAGAUGGACAUCAUGCCAGACAGUACCACCGAUCUGUAUAACUUACAGGUGUCACCCAUGCCUUCCACCUCUGAAGCUGCAACAGACGAGGAUGAGGAAGGGAAGAUAGCCGAAGACCUCAUGAAGCUCUUUGAACAGUCUGAGUGGCAGCCGACACACAUCGAUGGCAAGGGAUACUUGCUCAAUGAACCAGGGACCCAGCUCUCUUCUGUCUAUGGAGACUUCAGCUGCAAGGAGGAACCAGAGAUUGAUAGCCCUCGAGGGGACAUUGGGAUGGGCAUACAACACGUCUUCACGGAGAUGAAGAAUAUGGACUCCAUCAUGUGGAUGGACAGUCUGCUGGGCAACUCUGUGAGGCCGCCGCCUACCAUUCAGGCCAUUCCUUGUGCACCGUAGUUUGGGUCUCUGACCCGGUCUUGCCCUCCUGAGUGAGUUAGGCCUGGCAUCAUGGUGGCUGUGAUACAAAAAAAAGCUAGACUCCUGUGGGCCCCUUGACAUGGCAAAGCAUAGUCCCACUGCCAAACAGGGAAGGGACCAUCCUUGGGUCAGUGGGCUCUCAGGGCUUAGGAGACAGAGUCGGAGUUUUCUUGUGAAGAGAAGCUGGUCCUGACUCCUAGGAAGAUGGAUUGGGGUUCUGAGGUUAGUGUGAGGCAGAGGCCAUGGACAGGAGUCAUCUUCUAGCUUUUUAAAAGCCUUGUUGCUUAGAGAGGGUCUUCUCACUGGGCUGGCCCUGAGGGAAUUAGACCGGCACCCACAGAAGAGCUUAGCACUGGUCCUAGAGCUGGCUCUGUACUGGGAGACAAUUGCACUAAAUGAGUCCUAUUCCCAAAGAAUUGCUGCCCUUCCCAACCGAGCCCUGGGAUGGUUCCCAAGCCAGUGAAAUGUGAAGGAGGAAAACAUGGGGUCCUGUGAGGGUGGGCUCCCUUAGCCUCAGAGGGAUUCCGCCUCACUACCUGCUCCAGCCGUGGGGCUCAGGAAAAAAAAAAAUGGCACUUUCUCUGUGGACUUUGCCACAUUUCUGAUCAGAGGUGUACACUAACAUUUCUCCCUCAGUCUAGGCCUUUGCAUUUAUUUAUAUAGUGCCUUGCCUGGUACCUACUGUCUCCUCAGGCCUUGGCAGUCCUCAGCAGGCCCAGGGAGGGGGGUUGUGAGCGCCUUGGCGCAACUCUGAAUCUUAGAAACGCCACCCACCUAACUGCUAAAUGGUGUUUGGUCACACGGUGGAUCUGUGUAAAUAUGUAAAUAUUUGUCUUUUUAUAAAAAUUUUAAGUUGUUUACA